AUGGGACGACGAAAGAAAACCGAUGAAAAGUCAGCGAAACAAAUUCGCGGACCUGGACGAAAAGCAAAAAAACAGGGUGCACCCACAUUUCCUAAAGAAUUAUUACCAGCAGAUUCGAACGAAAAAAAGAAGCUAUCAAGCCGUGGUAAACAACGUGCACGUAAACGUUUGGAAAAGGACCAAUUGAAAGAAGCAAAUAAGAAGAAUUCCAAACUCGCAACACGAGUGACGAAGCGUCAAUCUGAUGGUGAAUCGAAUGAGGAUGAAGAAGAAGAACAACAGGAAACAAAUGGAUUUACCGAUGAAAACCAAAAAUGGCUCAAACCAAAGAAGAAAAAAGAACUAUUCGAUGACGAGGGUGAGGGCGAAGGUGAAGAAUUGAUGGAUGAAGAAGUUCCAUACGAUGAUGAAUUCGAUGAUAUGGAAAGUACGACUGAUGACGACGAAGACAACGAUGUGGACGACGAGCCUAAGCUUGAUAUUGAAAAAAAAUCGAAAAAAUUACGUGAAAAGCAACGUCAAGCAAAAGAACGUUCAGAGCAAGAAUUAUUAACAAACAUUCAACAACAAGAAAAGAUUCAAUUUCCAAGUGGACAAGAAGUUACAAAAGAUGCACCACAAGCUGAUUUACAGCUAAUCAUGCAUCGUAUUCGCGAAGUGAUCAAUGUCUUAAAUGAUUUCAAAACUAAACGUGAACCGAAUCGAUCACGCAAAGAUUACUUGGAUCUACUUCGACAAGAUCUAUGCAACUACUAUUCAUACAAUGAUUUUCUUAUGAAUAAACUUCUGGAUCUAUUUCCCCUUGCCGAAAUCAUUGAUUUCUUGGAAGCCAAUGAAGUUCAACGUCCAGUGACUAUUCGAACGAAUACAUUGAAAACCCGUCGUCGUGAUUUAGCUCAGGCUUUAAUCAACCGUGGUGUUAAUGUUGAUCCAUUGGAUAAGUGGACAAAGGUUGGGCUAGUUAUCUACAACAGCCAAGUGCCCAUCGGUGCAACACCCGAAUAUCUCAGCGGACAUUACAUGCUGCAAGGUGCUUCCAGUUUUCUUCCUGUUAUGGCAUUAGCACCACAACCAAACGAACGCGUUCUGGAUAUGUGUGCUGCGCCAGGUGGAAAAGCAAGUUAUAUCGGUGCAUUGAUGAGAAAUAGCGGUAUAUUGGUAGCAAAUGAUGCGAAUAAAGAUCGUGCGAAAGCAAUCAUUGCUAAUACACAUCGAUUGGGUUUAACGAACACAAUUGUGACAAAUCUUGAUGGUCGGCAUUUUUCCGAACACAUGGGUGGAUUCGAUCGAUGUCUUGUCGAUGCGCCUUGCAGUGGUACAGGUGUCAUUUCGAAAGAUCAAGCAGUAAAAAAUUCGAAAGAUGAAAAAGACAUUCAACGUUGCUUUACUGCUCAACGUCAAAUUUUGUUGAAUGCCAUCGAUGCCGUAAAUGAAAGUUCAGCAACGGGUGGAUAUAUCGUUUAUUCAACUUGUUCAAUCUUAGUUGAAGAAAAUGAAGCCGUCGUUCAAUAUGCAUUGAAUAAUCGGCCUGUGAAACUUGUUGAAACAGGUUUAGAGUUUGGUGUCGAAGGUUUCAGCAAUUUCAAAGGAACAUCGUUUCAUCCGUUCAUGAAAUAUUGCCGUCGAUACUAUCCACAUUUACAUAAUUUGGAUGGUUUCUUUGUUGCAAAAUUGAAAAAGUACUCAACAAAACAGGGUGGCAAUAAAAAAGAAUCUGAACCAACAGUAGAAAAGAAAAAGAAAAACAAAGAAGAUGAUUCCAAUGCAUCCAUUGCUGACGAUUAA